GCUCCAAUCAGUUCGAUUUGAAUCAAUGUGAAUUUGAUUUAGUAAGCAGUGUAGGGAUUUGACUCUACUUUCAACAUCUGUUUAUUAUAAUUCUACAACUUGAAAGUAAAUAAUGUGAAAUCGCAACAUAUAUCAAAUAUGGAAUGACAGAAGUUUUCAAAUUACCUUAAAGAUUAGCAGCUGAAUGAUGUUUUAAACAUGGCAAGUUCCUUGACAAUAUUGCGUGCAGUGUUUGUUCGUCUGCUAUUUGCAUGCCAUGGUCUUGUUUCAAUAUGGCGCCUUUAUUACGUCACGAAAGAUAGUCGAUACUGGUACCUGGCUACUUCAUUAGGGUUACUCUUGGUAGAAACAACGGUCACAAUGGUAAAGAAACUUGGAAAAGAAUGGAAAUGGUUUUGCCCAAGUGUGUUUAUAUACAUGACAAGCACAGUACCAGCCAUAUGGUUCCUAGAGCUACAUGAGCUGGACCUGAGAAUUAAUCACCAAGUAAGCACCAAUAACACCACAGCCUUUAACGAGACGUUGGAAGCCCUCAGUGCAAACUUAGGUAGCAUACUAGGGGUUAAACUUGAAAUCAGGCUUCCAAUUCUGCUGUCUGCGGAUCAGUGGAUUCGUACUCUCGAGCAAAUACUACUGCUGAUACUAAUAGUUGGCCGAUGGUUACUUCCGAAAGGAAAAUUGACACAUGACCAGCUAUCUCAAUUGCUAUUGGUUUAUAUUGGCACUGCAGCAGAUAUCGUUGAAUUCUUUGAGGCUUUCAAAGAAGAGCAGGUCCGUUACAACAAACUCCUAUGUAUAGUAAUCCUUGGACUAUGGUCAUUGAGUCUCAUUCAAUUCACACUCGUUCUGACAGCAGCGAGAGCGAGACGAGAUCAAUCUGGUCUGGUAACAAGACAUUACGACAAGGCUCAAAAGACAGGAUGUUGUGCUGCUGAUGUGUAUGGGAUAUUCAUAUCAAUUAUUUUACAAGAUGCUCCUUUUCUUGUGCUGCGACUUUUGCUUAUAUUCAAGUACGGAGUUCUAAGUUACACAAAUAUGUUCUUCACUUCCAAGAAUUCUUUGGUGAUAGUUUUGUUACUGUAUCGUCUGAUAGUUGUUUACGUUGAAAAGAAUAAUACGGAAGUGAGUGAUUCGACUGCUGAUUCGGAAACACCUCGUCCGUUUAUGUCUAAAUAUACAGCACCUGGUGUUCCGAGAGGUUACAAAAGGAAGUUUAAUAAUACAAAUUCAUACUCAACAAACGAUAUGGAUAGUUUAAUGAAAAAGACACCUUCAAAUAAUAAAAUGUAUAACUGUGACAGUUUGUCGAGAAAGAAAACUCCAAAUAAUAAACAAUGCAAGAAUGAAAAUUCAAUGAAAUCGAGGUUACCACCAGAUAACGGAGUUUAUAAAAGUGAAAGUUUAAUGAAUACAAAGCUGCUUCCAGAUAAAGUAGUCUAUAACAGUGAAAGUUUAUUGAAAAAGAAACUACCAAGCAAUGUUGUAUUCAAUAGUGAACCAAAAUUGUAUAAACUACGAGAAGAAAACAUGUCAUGUGGACCAAACUAUCAUUUUGAACAAGUUUCGUCUAAAGUUUGACGAUACAACUAUUUAGCUAUCAUAUUGUGUAUAUGUGUAGUCCUUCAUUGGUUUUAUAGUUUUACGCUCUUUUUAUGAGUUUAAACAUACACUACAAUUCGUCAUUAUUACACUGAGAAAUAUUAUAGUGUAAAAAAAGACGAUGAAAACUUCUUUAGUUUAGUUUUCGUUUCAUAUUGCUGUCAGAAUAUGCUAUUAGGGUUUGUCAUUUUUAUCAGUUUUUUUGUACUUGUUGAAUGCUAAAUGUAAGGUACUUUUUUGUACAUUCAAGUGAAAAAAUAUAGUUGUAGCAUUUACUUUUUUCUAUUAAACAUUGUGUUUUUGAAGAUACAUGUUUGAAGCGAUUAAAACAACAAGUAGAAACUUAGAAUUUAUGAAUCUUAACUUGUUUUACUUGUGUUCAUUGUGAAGGCUGUAAAGAUGUUCAAUUUUUUGUAUGUCUGCUGUCAAGAUUUAAAAAAAGAAAUUCGUGUCUGAGCGAUACGCAUCAUUAUUUCCAUGCAAGAGCAAUGGUCACUUUCCUGUGUUUGAUUUACUUAUAAGGGCGGUAAAAUAACCUAGAAAAGAAUAUAACAGAAUGUGAAUAUUAAAAGUUUUAUUGAAUUCCAUGUUGGCUUUUUUUUUUAAUCAUUUCGCAUAUAUCUAUUAAAUUAAUUUUAAAUUCAGUUCUAGGUUUUGGUGUUGAAGACAGUAUUGCAUAUUUUCAUGACUUUUUUAAAAUCUUCAAAAAAUGAUUUCAUUAGCGACUGAUGGAUAAAUAAACAGCCUAUUUCCAUUAUUAUUUCUGUUUUCUGUUAAGAAAGCUCUUUAAAUACGUUUUGUUGAUAUAUAACACUCAAACGUUGCAAAAGACUGUAAUAUUCAGAUGUUGAUCACUUCGGAACAUUAUUUCGAAAGAUGUUUUUUUUAUUCAAUUUCGUAGUAUUAAGUUGAGGCUGCGAUAACUUUAAUACAGAAUGAAAAUCUUUUCAAAAUAGCCCU